UUGAAGUUUCAGGUACUGUUUAACUUUACAGGUCAAAUAGCACUGCCUUGUUAUCUAGGCAUUGUUUGGCAAGCAUGUAUUUGCUUGUGUAUUUGUCAGAAACUAUAACUUCGUGUAACCUACAAUCAUAGGUAACAAAAUGUUACUAAAGUUACUUGAAUCCUUGGGGACAUUUGUUGAUAUCUAGUUGGCUUCUCUUAUGUAAUUGUGGCAAUGUUGAGUUUGAGCAGCUUUGUUGUCUGUUUUACAGGAUGGGUAGAGAUAUUGAAUAUGACUGCUGGUCAUGUGACUUGUUUUGUGCUGCUUCGUCCCCAGAUCUGUAUCGUAUUAAUUUAGACAAGGUACUGAGCUUUUCGCAUUGGAUGUGAAUUAUAUUGGACUUUUCUUAGAUACUUUGGCUAUAGGUUUCAUCAUCAUCUGAUAUGUAUUGUCAACUGGUUGAUUUCCUUUCCUCUGGCAAUCAGUUAUAUUUUCUACCUUAGCUUCUUAGUACCAUUGAUCUGCUUCAAAUUGAAUGUAAAAUCAUAUUCUGUAUUGGUGUCUAGAGGAGUUAGGGUGAUGACAAACAUACUGGUGUUCAAAUAGCUCUGAGAAACCGAGAAACAAUUGGAUCAUAGUAUAUGUGAUGCUGGGACCCCUUCAGACCAGUGAAAUGGUCAUUUGGAAUAAAAUGCUUUUAGGCAACAGAAACUGCUUGCGUGGUCUUUUUGCUAUGGAUUAGGAAGUGCUGCCGUGCUUGUUGCAUUUUUUUGUCGUCCAGUCUUGUUAGGUCUUUUGUCUUCUUGCUAUUUAGUUAGUGCCUUUAUAUUGUUAUUUCACAUUGCAUCUAAACUAUCUUAAGAAAAGUUUUGGGGCCAACAGCAAUGGUACAAAAGGAUUAAAAAGCAGUCGUAUGUGGCUAACUUACCCUUUUCAACGUCUUCAGGGACAAUUUCUCAAGUCUUUUAACACUCGAUCGCCAGCUCUAAAUGUAGUUUCACGCAGGUAAAUUAUGGAUAUUUAGUGUUAGCAAUCAUUUUAUAAUUUUCUUAGCAUCUGAGCAUCGGGCAACUUCCUUUCACGAUAACAGCAAGGUUCAUGGACUUGUUGCUUGUGGUGGUGAGGAUGGUGCUGUGGAAUGUUUUGACCCAAGAGUGGAGUCUUCAGUUGGCAGAAUUGAUGCUGUUGCACCUUCUGGUGAUACAAACCAGGUAGGCUCUCUCCUUAUACUGAUCUUACAAGUAAUUGGAGAUAGAAUUUGGUUAAGAUCUUGCUCAUAAUAUAAGGAUUUUGGCACACAACAAUAUCCACAUGGUAUGUCAACUUCUAGACUUUGGAGCUAACGUUGAUUGUUAUGGGAGGCGUGGUUAUAUUCUUUGUGCUUUUGGUUAUUUUCUUUUAUCGUCCUUUUGUUGCAUGAUUUAUAUCUUGUCAAGUUGACUCUUUUCUAUGGCUUUCACCUUGUUAAGUUUGGGUUUAGACUUGUCGAUUAUAUUCCAUUCUGCCCUGACUGAAAUUCUCUUUUUAUAUAUUUACUACAUUACAGGAGGUAACUGCACUGGAGUUUGAUGGAGAUGGUGGUUUCUUGAUGGCUGUUGGAAGUAGUGGUGGAAAGGUGCAGUGUUAUUCUGAGCCCUAUAUUUGACCCUUGUUUUUAAGAGAAUAUAAUUGAACCACGUUUUCCUCUAUAUGUCGUUCUUCCUUAUGGCCAUGAAUAACCAAAGUACCAAACUUGUAGUUUGGCUUAAGAUGCCAGCUAACAAGCAGUGGCAUGGUGUUGAUGAUGAAUUUGAAAUUCCCAUCUCUUAUAUCGGUCAGGAAGAGGAAAACUGUGAGAUAUAAUGCAUUCAAACUUUUAGAGUUGUGGCUUAAUGCCUAAGCAAGUCAAAUAUUGCAUGGCAUUACUUUAAGGUUGAACUUGCAUUUCUUAAUUCCAUCCCAGUAUUGAGGACACUGAUGAGAUCUUUUAUAACAACCCAGGAGUUCAAGUAUUGGAUGGUUCUGUUAUAAAGCAGCUGACUCACUCCAAAAAAAUUAAAAUGACAGGUUAAUCUUAAAGGUCAUUCUAAUUUCAAAUGACUAGUUAACAUCAGGUGGUGCGUGGUUACAAGGAUCAUAACUGGAUGAUGGCUGCCAUUAAUAUACUAAUUGUUUAUUUGUGUGUGAAAAAGUCAUAAUUGUUCUUGUUGAAUGUGCAGGUAUUGUUGUAUGACCUGCGUUCAUCAAAUCCCAUGCGAAUUAAGGAUCAUCUGUAUGGCAGUCCGAUAUUGGACAUCAAGUGGCACAGUUCUCUUAAUUCUGAGGGGCGCAAAUUAAUUACUACAGACAGCCAUAUUGUUCGAAUAUGGGAUCCUGAGACGGGUGAGGGUAUGACCAGUAUUGAGCCCAAUGGUGGAGCAAUAAAUGAUAUCUGCAUUUUCAGUAACAGUGGUCUCAUGUUGCUGGCUUUGGAUGGAAGCCAUAUACCAUCAUAUUUCAUACCUUCUCUUGGGCCUGCUCCCAAGUGGAUUGCUAGCUUGGAGAAUCUAACGGAAGAGCUGGAGGAGAAUGCUCAAACCACUGUAUAUGACAAUUUCAAAUUCUUGACGAAAGAGGAUCUCGAGAGAUUAAACAUGACAAAAUAUAUCGGCACUAAUCAUCUAAGAGCAUACAUGCAUGGCUUCUUUGUGGACUACCGCUUGUAUCAGAGGGAGAAGGCUAAAGCUGAUCCUUUUGAAUAUGAAGCUUACAUAGAGAAGCGUAAACAAGAGAAGCUUGAGGAGCAACGUGCCUCUCGAAUUACGAUUGCCAAGAAGCUGCCCAAAGUUAACCGAAGCUUGGCAGCUAGUAUCCUUGAAAAGGAAACUGAAAAUGAAAGAAAAGACGCAGAAGCAGUUGAGAACAAAAAGGGAUCCAAGAAAAAUAAAGGACUUGGUACUGACAUAUUCCAUGACGAGCGAUUCGGUGGAAUGUUUGAAAAUAAGGAGUAUGAGAUUGAUGAGACGUCACAAGAGUACUUGGCUCUACAUCCAGUGGCUGCCACAAUGAAGCAGCCAUCAUCACUAGCGGAAUAUUUUGAACCCAUAGCAGAGGAAGACGAAGACCAGGAUCAGGAUUUUAGCAGUUCUGAUGAUGAUAUCAAAGGGAAAUCACGAGUUCCUAGAUUAUACGAAGUGAAGGACGAAAGACAUGCAGAGGCAUUCAGGAAUUCCGUGUCACUUGCUGAAGAGGAUUCCCUUCCCAUCGGAGAAAGGCUUGCCUCUCUUGGUGACGUUGGCCGUGAUUCUGGCAUUGACAGGAAAAAAGUGAAGUUUGGGCCAGGCGGGUCACGAGAGAUUUCAUUCAUUUCAAGAAGCUCAGGCAGGUUUCAUAGAGAAGAUAAAGAGGACCACCAAGAAGGAGGCGGUAGGAAUGGAAGGAAGAGAGGGGUUGAGGCUUUAGGACUGAAGAAAGAUAGAUCAGCUGGUUUCAGAGGACGUGGAAGAGGGAGCAGAGGACGUGGAAGAGGCAGACGGUGAAAUUGCGUCUUGCGUUCUGGAACCAAGUGAGUUCUCCCAUAUCUAUAAGUGCGUUCCGAAAACAGUUAUUGUGGUUGUUGGAUGGUAGACAUACUUGAAUAGGAAUGAGACAUUGUCCGAGGUUCUGGGAUAGAAGAUUGAAACUCAAAGGAGAACACAACAAAGUAGUUAAGUUUCAUGUUAACUGAUCAUCUAGCUUUAUAGAGCAUGUACUUGUUUUGCAGUGCAAGUGUACCAAGUCGGAGCAAGCUGUGUGUAAUCGUCCUUGGUGCGGUCUACUGCAUCUCGCAUAAGGUGUGUUGGAUUGGAGCCCAAGGCAACAGAAGAGGAAAGGGGGUUUGGAGGCCAUCGGUUGGUUGGUGCUGGUUCUUAUGAUCAACUCUGGGCGAGCAAGAGGAGCAGCACCACUGGUCUGGUAGGAACAAGUUUUGUGAGUGAGAAUGAAGAGCUACUGAAUUCUAGUGUAUUUUAUCGAUAUGAGGUAUGAGUAUGGGUAGUUUCUUUCUCCAUUUUUGAAUGGCCAGGAUAAAGUUGUGGACUUCUGCACAUUACUAUGCCUAUUGCUAUGUAGGGAAAAUCUAAAAUUUUUUCCUCAAAAAUAGUAAUAGCUAGAUGCAAGGUUAACCCGCGAGUGAACCUGCCGGUCCAAUUGGAUCCGCCCGGAAUGCUGACACACUUGGGCCAGCCACCCGUUGAUGAUUUCAGUCGAAUUUGAUCAAAACUUGAUCAAAUCUGGCAAAAAUCGUGAGUCUCGGUAGGUUGAUCGCUGGGAGUUUGGACACUCACUCUCUGGCCUCUGCUCUCCUCGACCCCUUCCUUGUUGCAUCCAACCGCAUUCAUAUUUGGGUCUAUCAUAGUAGCUAACCAGAGCGAUUUAUCUCCUAGAUAUCAAUCUGCCACCAACUCUCUUGAAGAGGCUUGGCUACUUCGAUUCAUCCUGACCCCUAAGUGAUCCUCUGCUUCAGUUGUGGCCGCAGGCUAGUAAAGAAAAGUACAAGAUUGAA